GAGACAGAGAGAGAGAGAGAGAGAGAGAUGCAACGUUAGAGAGAAGCUCGGCCAAUUACUCGCCAUUACACCUGGAACUGUAAAUCACAAAUAAUACCAGUGCAUGUCGCAAAAUCGAAAAUGGGUUGAGAAAUUGGAGAAUUUUAUUUGAAGAAUAUAAGGGGUUUUAGAUUGUUUUGGUAAAAUGGGUCAGAGCGAGCAUAAUUUGAAGGGGAUCGAUGCAACUGUUGGAGGUCUGGUUUGGGUUAGGAGGCGAAAUGGGUCAUGGUGGCCAGGUCGAAUAAUGGGUUUGGAUGAGUUAUCAGAGACGAGCCUGGUUUCUCCGAGAUCUGGGACUCCUGUCAAGCUCUUGGGUAGAGAGGAUGCCAGUGUGGACUGGUACAAUAUCGAAAAGUCCAAGCGUGUUAAAGCAUUUCGGUGUGGUGAAUAUGAUGAGUGCAUCGAAAAAGCCAAGGCUUAUGCAGCUCAUCCUGCCAAGAAAGCUGUCAAAUAUGCUCGUAGAGAAGAUGCCAUUCUCCAUGCUCUUGAGCUUGAAAGUGCUCGCAACUCGAAAGCGAGUGAGAAUAUCUACUCGAGGACUGAUCAUUCACUUGGUUCCAAAAAUGGUAUUUUGGUUAAGCAGUCACAAAACACUUUAGCCCCUGGUAAAGAUGAGAGGGGUUACAAGUUUGGGCAGUUAAAUAUAUUAGAAUCAAAUUUAACUCAAGAAGCAUCUGAAUCCGUUAUAUCCUUUGAGCAAACAGAUCAUUAUAUGCAACGGUCAAAAAGAAAAACCCCAAAUGAUUCAGAAGAUGAUGGCGGUGCAAAACGCAUGAGAGGUCUCCAGGACCUUGGCUUGAAAGUUACCAGUAAACAAAAGCCGUUUUCUUCUCUAACUGAAGGAACACAUGAGUUAGGAUUUCUUGCUGAUAGUGGUUCACCCAGUGAGUCUAAUUUUGGUUACAGCUUGUCUAAUGGAAGUCCUGUACAAAGCAGCAAGGGGUCUUCUUCUACCUUGAAAAGAAGAAGAUCUCAGGCAGGCCAGGUCUAUGAAAACCUUAGGAGAAAAAACAGGCGGCGCCCUCUAACAAAGGUUCUAGAGAGCACGACAAAACUUGCAAUCCCUGGUAGUGAUGACCCUAUAGUUAGCCAAGACUUUCAAGAUGGCCUAGAAUCAACAGAAUCCAAAGGAGCGAGCCCAGUGAAUACUAAUUCGGACUGCACAGGGACUUCAUCUGAGAAGGAGAUUUCGCUGAAUGGCUCACAACACGUGUAUGAAACUGGAAAUGAUCAUCCCAUGAUGAUUGGUAGUGCCUUUUCUGACAUGUUGGAGCUCCCUGAUGACUGUUAUGAUACAAGAUUUUUGAAUGCGCUGUCGGUCAAGGAUGCAAAACAGACUCGAGAUUUCCCUCAUACUUUCAUUUCGAGCACAUCACGAAGGCAUCGUUCAGGCAUGGUUGGGAGGCAUGUACUUGGCAAGGACCAUCAUGAAACGGGCUAUAUCUUUCCAAAUCAAUCUGGUCACAAGGAGCGUAAUGCAGAAAAUGGAGCUUCAAAAUGGCAGUCCAAAAGGAAAAGAAACAAGAGACAUUCAGGUAAGAAAGCUAAGAAAGGUAAAAAAGCCAAGGGUGGAUCUUUCUGUAAAGCCCCAAAUAGCUUCUUUGAAGAUUUUCACACUUCAGAUAAUUCUUGGCGAAGAGCUAACGAUAGAUCGACUUUGGAAGAAGGGUCCCUUCAUUAUAGGCAUAGUUUGAGGACCAAAGAAGCAGCAGAGAAAAGGUCCCCUUUCUUCAUUAGAGGCACACCUAUUACUCAAACAGUGAAUAAGAAAUUAUUUCUUGCAAGCAAAGCUGAGCCCAACUACGAAAUUGAUGCGAUGCCUCUUUUUGAUGUUGAUCUAAAUGUUCGAACAAGCUAUCAAGGACAGCAUGUUCCCUUGGUUUCUCUCAUGAGCAGGUUGAAUGGCAAGGCUAUCAUAGGCCAUCCAAUCACGGUCGAAGUAUUAGAAGAUGGCAGCUCUGAUGCACUGUUGGCUAGAGUUGGUCAUCUUCUGCCAAGUCGUGGCGCCCAUCUUUCGACGGAUGGUGGCAUCUGGUCGCCUGACAGUGGAGCCGCUGCAGUAGAGACAAAUGCUUGGGGUUAUGGCUCAGGGGAUGUGUUGCAAAAUAAGGGGGGUUAUUCAGGUCAUUUGUAUAAGAAGAACCAGUUGGAGAAGCCUUCUUUGUUGGGGAAGAAAUCACCAAAGAUGAAGAAAUGUGGAUCUUCAAUGAAGAAGACGAGGAAGCUCUCUUUGAUCUCUCUUGAUAAAGGGAUUAAGGAUGAACAAAGGAAGAGCUGGGUGGGCAAGUUGGGUGGCCCUGUAACUGCCUGUAUACCUGUGAAUCUUGUGUUUAGUAGAAUAAAGGAAGCUGUGGGAUGACAGCACGUCUUAACAUCUGGCGGACCGUGACAAAGCGAUCUGAGUUUUCUCUUUGUAAAGGCUCACAUUUGCAGGUUGUUUGCCAUGCUUUUCUUUCCUCCUUUCUCUCUCUCUCUCUCUCUCUCU